AUGAACGGUGCUUGGGCCGUGGACCGCGGCCUCUCGCGCGGCCAAACGGAAUCCAAUGCCCGCACUGGCCUUUUGAUGCUCUUGGGCACCUGUGCGGCUGUCUGGGUGGUGGUCACAAGCAUCGCCGCUGCUGGGCGCCCCAACGGCGCCGUCGGGCUGGUGGAGUGGCCAGCCGCGCCGGCCGCGCCUCACUCACCGCGCCUCGAGGCUCUCCUUGCCCUGACCGCGGUCGACCCCGCGCGUCUUGUCGUCGGCCUAAACGUGACGCUGCGCGACGCCGGCGGCGCGGGCGGCGCCGCCGCGCGCGCGGCCGCGCCGGACGCCGGCCGGGGCCAAGGCGGCGCCACGCUGCGGCUCCUCAUCGGCGGCGUGUCGCGCGUGCUGCCGUGGCCGCCGGCCGCGGAGCGGCACGCAGCGCAGCAGACCACGGCCGAGCUGCGGCAGCUCUCCGCCCACCCGCGCGCUUUUGACUCGUACAGCCUGUCUCUCAAGCCACUGUCUGCUGUGCUGCGCAGCUGCAGCGGCGGCGGCGGCGGAGGUGACGGAGGCAGCAGCGGCGGCGACAGGCACUGCACGAGCGUCGCGCUCCCGCUGCUGCUCGCCUUCGACGCGAGUGCGGUGCCAGGGUACAAGAUCGCCCCGCGGCUGGCGGGCGGCAGCGAGGGCGGCGCGCAGCUCGUCGUGACGCGCGCCACGCGGCAGCGCGUCGUGCGGCUCAUGGCGCACAUGCUGCAGUGGCUGGUCGCGUCCUACGUGUCUGCCUGGUGGGCCGGGAACAUGCUGUGCCACUGGCUGCUGCGGCGGCUGCUAAUGCGGCGCGCGCAUCGCUCCGUGUGGCUGCACGGGAUGUGA